AUGAUGCUGGAACUGGAAGGAUUGGAUGCAGCCAGAAUUGACACUCUCAACAAACUCCUGGCAGGAAAACAAGCUGUAUCAAGGGCUUACAACAAAAGAGUUAAAAACAAGAGUUUUGAAGAAGGAGAGAUAGUCUGGAAAGCGGUUCUGCCCCUUGGAACACAUGUGGCUGGUUAUGGAAAAUGGUCACCUACAUGGGAAGGCCCUUUCAUAAUCAACCAGAUCCUUGGAAUGGGGGCAUAUAGGUUACAAGAUAGGGACGGAGAAAUUCAUACUGCCCCAAUCAAUGGCAAAUGGUUAAAAAAGUUUUAUCCAACCAUGUGGGAUUACAGGCUGUACAAACAGACCCUGGGAUAG